AUGCCACCUCCUGCCACCACACCAUCUUCUUCCUGCACACCACAUCCUCCCUGCAUACAACCUCCUCACUGCACACCACCUCCUCCCUGUAUACCAUCUCCUCCCUGUAUACCACCUCCUCCCUGUAUACCACCUCCUCCCUGCAUACCACCUCCUCCCUGCAUACCACCUCCUCCUUGUAAACCACCUCCUCCCUGCAUACCACCUCCUCCCUGCAUACCACCACCUCCCUGCACACCACCUCCUCCCUGUAUACCACCUCCUCCCUGCAUACCACCUCCUCCCUGCAUACUACCUCCACCCUGCACACCACCUCCUCCCUGUAUACCACCUCCUCCCUGCAUACCACCUCCUCCCUGCAUACUACCUCCACCCUGCACACCACCUCCUCCCUGUAUACCACCUCCUCCCUGCACACCACCUCCUCCCUGUAUACCACCUCCUCCCUGCAUACCGCCUCCUCCCUGCAUACCGCCUCCUCCCUGCACACCACCUCCUCCCUGUAUACCACCUCCUCCCUGCAAACCGCCUCCUCCCUGCAUACCACCUCCUCCCUGCAUACCACCUCCUCCCUGUAUACCACCUCCUUCCUGCAUACCACCUCCUCCCUGCAUACCAUCUACUCCCUGCAUACCACCUCCUCCCUGUAUACCACCUCCUCCCUGCAUACCACCUCCUCCCUUUACACCACCUCCUCCCUGCAUACCGCCU